AUGUCAAAUGCACAAACUGGUCAAGAAGAUUAUGGUGAAAAUGAAAGUAGAACUAUAGAAACACCUGUUAAUGAAAAGGAAAAAGACACUGGUUUGACAAGUAUUGAGGGUGAGGAAGGAGAUGAACCAAGAGCAAAGAGACAGAAAUCUACGGUUUGGGAUCAUUUUGACAAGCUUCCUUUAAGCCAAACAAAUGGGCAACUUCGAGCAAAGUGCAAGGGUGAUACAAUUGCAUCAGAAAUAGAGAAAUGUUUAUUAGCUUGGGGUAUUGAGAAAGUGUUUACUAUCACAGUUGAUAAUGCAUCUUCAAAUGAUAAUGCAGUGGCAAAAUUAAAAGAUGUUUUGAGCCAUUGGAAUGGUUUGGACAUGCACAGAUCUAUUGAAGGCAUUCACAAUGCCAUUAAAUAUGUGAGGUCUUCUCCAGGAAGGUUGCUUAAAUUCAAAGAGCUUGAUGAGAAAAUGAAAAUUUACUCUAAGAGCCUCCUAACCAUGGAUUGUCUAACUAGGUGGAAUUCAACUUACAUCAUGUUGGAGAAUGCCAUUAAAUUUAGUAGCAUCUUUAAAAGAAUGGAGAAAGAGGAUAAUGAUUACACAAACUAUUUUGUGGAGAAAACAUUAAUUGGUCCUCCUGAUGCUUCCAAUUGGAAAGAUGCUAAAGAAUUUGUUGUCUUUUUAAAAGUGUUCUAUGACAUCACUUUGCAAUUUUCAGGAUCACUUUAUGUUACCUCAAAUAUAUGCUUUCAACAUAUAGCUGAUGUGUUUGUUAUCCUGCAUACAAGGGCAAAUAAUCCUAAUUUUCUGGUGUCUGAUAUGGCUAAGAGGAUGGAAGCUAAGUAUGAAAAGUAUUGGGGAAAGUUGGAGAAUCUCAAUCCUUUGCUGGUAAUAGCAAUGGUUCUUGACCCUAGGUAUAAAAUGAAGUUUUUGAAGCUUGCUUUUAAUGAGAUGUUUCCUGAUUCUACACAACGUGAAGCUAUGACAAAUAGAGUCACAAAUGCCUUGUAUUGUUUGUAUGACUUCUAUUCAAGUGGGCAUGAAACAAACACAUCUGAAUCUCAAAAUCAAAGUCAGACACAAGCAUCAAGUGAACCUGCUGGCUUAAGUCAACUUCAGAUGGCAAUGUUGGAAUCUAGGCCUCUACUGCAACUAUUUGUUGCCCAAAAUGAGGUUGAAGUUGAAACAGAUAAAUAUGCAAAAGUGGAGAAGUAUUUUCAAGCUGAGUUAGUUGAUGUUCUUUAUCCUAACUUUGAUAUUUUGGCAUGGUGGAAAGUAAAUAGUUCUAAAUACAAAAUCCUUUCAUUGAUUGCACGUGAUGUCUUGGCCAUGCCUGUAUCCAUUGUAUCUUCAAAAUCUGCAUUUAGUAUGGGAGGUCGUGUCAUUGAUGAAUUCAGAAGUUCCCUAUCAUCAAAUAUGGCUGAGGCACUAAUUUGUGCACAGAAUUGGUUAUCUCCAUCUACAUCAAAAGUAAAGGGAUUUGAUAUUGAUAGCUUCAAUGAUACUGAUAUUGAAGAGCAAUUAACAGCUUCAAUUUCAAAUCUCUUGGAAAGUUAA